CUUGGUGAGGGAUUUAAUGUGGGGAUCAAAGUUGAGUGAGGAGUCAAGGAGUAUUCCAAGGUUUCUGACAAGAGGUGAAGAGUCUCACCUUCUAAGAGAAGCCGAUAUUUUGUGUUGGUUAUUGGAAGUUUAUUAUGACAAAAAGCAGCGGGACAAAAAGAUUGCUUUGAAGAAAGAAAAAAAAAGAAUUAAAGAAGGUAUUGGGUUACGAACAGGUUAAAGAUCAGCUGAUUGUAUGUCUGUAGAGCACUCUGAAAUGUUUUGAAAUGGCUCGACUUCCUGCUGCACAUCCACCAUGUACUUGCUUGUGAGUCAGGAGAGUUCUGCCUUCAAGAGCACGAUGCAGGGAUCUGUGAGUAGUGGCUGGAGUCUGGUAGAAUGACACUGCACUUCUCCUACACUGGGUGAUGGAAUAGGUGAUGUCUGAAGUACAGGGCACUGUGGAGUUUUCUGUGGAGCUGCACAAAUUUCACAAUGUGGAUCUCUUCCAGAGAGGGUUCUAUCAGGUGAGGGCGGGGCUGAGAGUGUCGCCACAUGUUCCACACAGGCUUAUAACCACAACACCUGGACACACAGGUGAAUGCAGUUUCACAAAGGCCGGCGUUUACGAUGAGGUUGUGUUUGGUCGGAUAUUUCAGAUCCUCUACAGAAAUGAGGAGGUUUCGCUGGAGGACCGAGUCAUCUUUCGAGUCCACCUGCUGUUGGAUGGAGAGAGGGUAGAGGAAGCAUUGAAUGAAGUGGACUUCCAGCUGAGACUUGACCUGCACUUCACUGAUGUGGAGCAACAAUUGACUGAUAUCUCUUCAGUGCCUGUGAUCAGCAGUAGGACUCUGGGUCUCCAUUUCCACCCUCACCGCGGCCUGCACCACCACCUUCCUGUCAUGUUCGACUAUUUCCACCUGUCCGUCAUCUCCAUCACCGUCCACGCCUCUUUAGUGGCUCUACACCAGCCUCUAAUCAGUUUUGCACGCAACAGUAAAGGGGCGUGGCUGGGAAAGGGCUCUGCAGAGAAUGAGGCUCCGCCUCCUGCGAUGUCCGUGGAGACCCUGAUGUUUGGGGCGGGAUACUGUCGACCUAUACUCACUGAGGGCAGUUUUUACGUGGCAUCAGAGAACUGCCUGCAGCGAGCUCAUACGUGGCACAGGACUCUCUGUCGCCUCCUGCUGGCUGCUUAUGAAGGCCUGAGCUUCUACUCCACACUGCUGAUGAAAGACAAUCCUCAAAUGCAGCGUGAGGAGCUGCUGGUUGAGGAAACACUGAACAAACUGAGCACCGAGUUACAGUUACAGAGUGGUCAUGAGAAGGUAGCUGAGCAGAUCUCUCGUGAUCUGUCUCAGCUGUGUGCCAGGCUUGCAUCUCUUUGGGCUCAGUUUAUGGAGGCAGCUGUUCCAAAUCCCCAGGUCCGCAGCUAUCUCUCUCAGGAGCACCAUAAGCUCAGGGUCAGGAGAUUCUCUGAGGGCUACUUCUUCACUGAACAUCCCAAAGAGUCUUCGCUUACCUUUCAGGAGGAGCUGAUCAGUAGGCAUGCUCAGAUGGCCGUGGACGUGAGGAGUUCGGAGUAUCUCAGCCUCAUGCCUCCUUUGCCAAUCGAGUGCCUCGACAUUGAUGGUGACUGGAACAGCCUGCCAAUCAUCUUUGAGGACAGAUAUGUGGAUGUGCCCUGCUUUGAUUAUAAACCACAUGUGCCAGACCAGAUGGGCUCAAACACUCAGAAAUCUACCACUUCUGAUGAUACAGGGAAGUGUUCAAGCAUUCAGUCAGAGAGGAGACCUCAAUCACCAGCAAUAAGCACUAAGGAUCCUGCCUCUGAAGAUGUUAUGGACCUACCUACCUACAUGGCUUUAAUUGGAAGGAAGAAGGACUUCGUCAUCGACAGAGAGGGGAAUAUGGUUGAAUUGGAGAGUCCGGUUGGUUCUUUAGAUCGAAAUACAUGUAUAGACAUAACUGAAACUGAGUUCGGAAACAAAGUUGAAUCAGAUGCUGACAGUCAUCAGGAGAGUGAGAUAAGUGAAUCAGACAGGAUUAAUGUCAUAGAAGAAGAGCCAUCUCAAAAGUAUACUGACAGAACUGGUUUGAAAUACAUUAAGGUCAGAAUCAAUGACUCAGACCCAUACAGGGGGGAUGAAGUACUUGUCAUUCAAUCAAACAACAUGAAAUUUACUGAGCUCACUCUCCCAGAUAUUUCAAAGCUUUCUGCAAAUCACCAGAACAAUGAUUCAGAGAUCCAAGCCAUCCCUGAGAAACAUGGCAGUGAGGAUGAAGAGACAGUUAUGAAGGACACUUGCACAGAAUCACCAGCUUUGACCCAAGCAAAGAAUAAUGGUAAUGUUCAUGCAUUGUUGACUUCUUCUUCUCGAACAGACCAACCACACAAUACCAACAUUCUGCCGCUGGAUCAUCCCUUGUCUGAGACACCUCCAAGAGCUGGGUUUCUGGGCAAGUUGAAGAUAAUGAAGCGUUCUUCCUCUGUAAUCUCUGACUCUGGUAUUGAAAGUGAACCCAGCUCUGUGGCCUGGUCUUUGGACAUUCGAGCUGGGGUUGCUGGAAGUCGUGACCCCUUGCACCUUUGUCGUCGACGGGUGCAUAGGAACUCCCUGGAAGGCCUUCAGACCGAGAGCCAUGGUAGCCUGCCCAGUGCAACACAAGCCUCACUAAGCUCCAUCAGCUCUCUGCCUUAUGAAGAUGAGGAUGAAGAACGGAAAAGGCAACUCAGUACCCUCACCAAAUCUGCUUCUGCACCACAGAUCAGCAGCCCCGACAAUAAUAAUGACAAUGUUAUCCAGGAUCCAACCAAUCAAGGGAAGGAUGUUCAGGAGGCUUCCUGUCAGAUGAAAAAGAAAAUAGAGUGUAGCAAUGUAGUCAAUAGACAGGAACUAUCUAAUCAGGAGAUGUUUGAUGACAUGGUCUGCAAACAGUGGAAGACUGGAGAUAUCAAAACUGAUACUGGCUUGAUAAGUAACAUCUCAGAAGUAUUACUUUAUCACAAGUUUGCAAAAGAAACACCUGAAGAAGCAAGUGACCAUGACGAAGUAAAAGAUUGUAGUGGUGUGUUGCCUGAUGGAGAUUCCAGUCUGCUAAAAGGAAGCACUAGAUUUUGUGACACCAAAUGUUGUGAACACAAGUUGUCAAUUACAGGCAGUGGUAAUGAUCCUGAUAGUUGCAGUUGUGAUGCCAUUAGUUUCCAUGACAUUAAUCUUGGUGAGCUUGAGAAUAUCACAGACCCACCAAAUCAUGAAUAUCAGAUCAGCUGUAAUGUUGACAGCCAAGCUAGCAGUAAGCCUUGUGACCUUGAGGAGCUGCCACCCAAUGGAAGAGAGCCAAAGGAGAAGGAAGGACAUGCAAGGACCAAUCAGGUGCCAAGUUCAGGCUUGGCAUUUAUGAAUAAAAAAGUGGUGGAGGUGGUGAAUCUGUCUGUUUCAUGUGCACCAACCUGUCUUCCCUUUUCUUCUGUCCUCCGUGACUCACCAUCUGUCAGUGGCCUCUCUGCUCGACAGGCCAACUCCCCCAUUACCCAUCAGCCGCUGGGCUCUUUUGGAAUAAUCUCAUCCUCUUCCUCCUCCAUGUGUACUGAACAGGAAAUCAGCGAGAGAAUGCUAAAUUUUUAUAAAGCUAAGGAGGCUUUUCUGGGGAAGUUAGCAUUCCAAGCGACUCUUUACAGUGAUCUUCCUCUCCUUGCAUCUGACCACCCAUACUUCCCUCCUGAAGAGGAAGAAGAGGAGUUUGAGGAUGGAAUCCACCUGGUAGUGUGUGUCCAUGGUUUGGAUGGUAACAGUGCGGACCUGCGGUUAGUGAAGACCUUCAUAGAACUUGGCCUGCCAGGGUCAAGGCUCGACUUCCUCAUGUCUGAACGCAACCAGACCGACACAUUUGCAGAUUUUGACACGAUGACAGAUCGGCUACUUGACGAGAUCAUUCAGCAUAUUCAGCUCUACAACCUCACUGUAGGAAGAAUCAGCUUCAUUGGUCACUCUCUGGGGAACGUCAUCAUUCGCUCAGUGCUGACUAGACCUCGAUUCCGCUGCUACCUCAGCAAACUGCACACCUUCCUGUCACUGUCUGGCCCCCACCUGGGCACACUGUUCAACAACAGCAUGCUGGUUAGCACAGGACUGUGGCUGAUGCAGAAGUUGAAGAAAUCUGGAUCCCUGCUUCAGCUCACCUUCAGAGACCACCCGGACCCCCGGCAGACCUUCCUGUACACACUCAGCCAGAAACCUGGACUGCAGUUCUUUAAGAAUGUGGUGUUGGUAGCAUCCCCUCAGGAUCGGUACGUCCCCUUUCACUCAGCUCGCAUUGAGAUGUGCAGAAGUGCUCUGAAGGACAGGAGCACAGGUCCAGUGUACACAGAGAUGAUAACCAACCUCCUUCGCCCGCUGAUGGACGCUCCGCAGUGUCGCGUGAUCCGUCACAACGUGUUCCAUGCCUUACCCAACACGGCUAACACGCUAAUCGGCCGAGCUGCUCACAUUGCUGUGCUUGACUCAGAGCUCUUUCUUGAGAAGUUUCUGCUCGUCGCCGGUCUUGAGUACUUCAAAUAGCCAGUGAGAAUGCAGGUUUCAGGGAUAUGCUCUAUUGACUGGCCAGUCAGGACACUCCCAGAGCCUUCUGCUAAUGGCAAGCAGCCAAUCAGAAAGCUCCCUGGUCCUUGCAGCAGACUUUUGUAACAAAAGAUUUCAAUAGCCAAUCAGAUUGCACCUUAGCGGCUGGCGACUCUCCAAAUAAAUUCAAUUUCAAUAGAUCUCUAAGCUGGAGAGUCAGAUUUGGGAGAAGUCAAGAUAAAUUUCAUUAAAAUUAACUUUUACUCUCCCAAACAAUGGCUACUUCAUCAUGACCAAUCAGAAGCGAGCCCUUGACCACACCCAUUGACCAAUCAGAAUAUCCCACGGUUAUGGUGCAUUGGAAAUGACCAGUCAGAAGCCAUCCACUAAUCUGAUUGUAUGCGUUUUGCAAUUGGCCAACCAGGUCGUAUCUAACUGGCCAAAACAACAGCUAGCAUCCAACCAAUCUGAUUUGACUGAUUGAGCUAACCAAGGCAAUUCAAUUGAAGCUUCGAGCUCAUAACUUUCAAGACCUUCUGGGUGUCCGAUGAUGGAUCGAACUGUACUGUAGAGGCUGUGAAAGAGCCAAUCAUAUUUCCACGAUUUAAAAUGACAUAAAAGCAGCCAGUAAGGAUGAGUAGAGUUUAAAGAUUCACCUGUUAUACAUAUAUAAACAAUGUAUGCACAUAUGUAAAUAAAUACGAAUGUACAGUAAUUAUAUAGUGAGAAGCAAACAGAAAUAUAAAGAUAAUAUAUCAGCGUCUCGAGUGACGUUCAAAUGGACAUUGUGUUAUAAAAUACUUCUCAUUUAUGUUCCAUUUGAAUGUACAAUACGUCCUGUACGUGCUACUGACCACCAUGUCGAAGUCAUCAAAAUGUAUUUAACAUAAAAUAAUAAUAAUAAUAAUAAUAAUAAUACACAAUCAUAACAUCCACUAGUCUGUCACUACUUACUGAACGAACGAGUGUGCACUUUCUGUACGUAGGACACGUUUCUGAAUCAGGAUUUCUUUUCACCAAUCAUUGCCACCUUUGUGUCAUGAGUGUUCCUGAGCCAGUGGAGGAAAACCCCCUCCAAAACACAACAUCCAGUUUUUAAGAGACGAAAGUAUGCUUUAUGCUGGGUUGUGUAGUUUAUUUGUUCGAAAAAUCAAAACAUUGUGUACUUUUUAGCUCAUACACUACCAUUCAAAAGUUUAGGGUCACUUUGAAAUUUCCUUAUUUUUGAAAGAAAAGCACUGUUCUUUUCAAUGAAGAUCACUUUAAACUAAUCAGAAAUCCACUCUAUACAUUGCUAAUGUGCUAAAUGACUAUUCUAGCUGCAAAUGUCUGGUUUUUGGUGCAAUAUCUCCAUAGGUGUAUAGAGGCCCAUUUCCAGCAACUCUCACUCCAGUGUUCUAAUGGUACAAUGUGUUUGCUCAUUGCCUCAGAAGGCUAAUGGAUGAUUAGAAAACCCUUGUACAAUCAUGUUAGCACAGCUGAAAACAGUUGAGCUCUUUAGAGAAGCUAUAAAACUGACCUUCCUUUGAGCAGAUUGAGUUUCUGGAGCAUCACAUUUGUGGGGUCGAUUAAAUGCUCAAAAUGGCCAGAAAAAUGUCUCGACUAUAUUUUCUAUUCAUUUUACAACUUAUGGUGGUAAAUAAAAGUGUGACUUUUCAUGGAAAACACAAAAUUGUCUGGGUGACCCCAAACUUUUGAACGGUAGUGUAUUUCCAUCAGGCUGAUUGCUAUGGCAUGGCGUCCGUCAUCCACAAUUCAGUUAAAUCGUAUCUCCUCCGUCAGUUCUCUACGGAUUUCCAUUCUGAUUGUUUUGUUUGAAAGAACUCAUCACUCCGCACAAAAUUUGGUCAUUGCUUUGUCAAAUUCUUUGCUAAUAAAGGAGUUAGCAAUUAGGCCAAAUUAACAAAUUUUCCAGGCCUCUCACUAGAUUUGUAUCUCUUCUCAUUGGAUUUCAGUUCUGAUUGAUGUUUUGGGUCGAUCUUCCCUCAAGGAACAAAACUUGGUCGUUUGUUUUGUUUGUUGAUUUUCUUCUUGCAAACAAUUUCUUUCCAACUUUGUUUAUUUCCAGUUAAAUCGUAU